AAUCAGCACCAGCAGUUGCAAUGCUCUCAAAUGGAUAAGAGACAUUUCUCCCAUGACCUUUUGUCUGUUUCCGUUCGGUUCCCUUGGCAAAGAGCUGUUUUUCAUAACGGUGUCCCUUAUUAUAUCAAUCAUGAGCAGCAGACCACCUCAUGGGAUCAUCCAAAGAUGACACAGCUAUUUCAGUCAAUGGAUGAUCUGAGCCAUGUGCGUUUCUCUGCUUACCGCACAGCGAUGAAGAGCCGCCGGCUACAGAAAGCCCUCUGCUUGGACCUUUUGGAGCUCAGCAUCGCCCAGAGUGUCUUUGAUCAACACAAACUCACGCAUAAUGGGCAGCUACUGGAGAUUCCUGGCAUCAUAAACUGUCUCUCCACAAUCUACCGUGAACUUCAGCAGGUGCAUCCGGAUCUGGUUAAUGUGCCUUUGUGUGUGGAUCUGUGUCUAAACUGGCUUCUAAAGGUCUACGACAGCGACAGAAGUGGAAAAGUUCAAGUGUUGUCCAUGAAGAUCGGCUUGUUUUCUCUUUCAAAAGGACCUCUAAAGGAUAAGUACAAAUAUCUGUUCGCUCAGGUUGCUGGCGCUGCAGGCGUCUGUAACCAGAGGCAGCUGGCAUUACUGCUACACAACAGCAUCCAAAUCCCACACCAGCUCGGGGAGGCCGCAGCGUUCGGAGGGAGGAACAUGGAGCCCAGUGUCCGUAGCUGCUUUCAGAAUGUGGGCCGUGAUGAUGUCAUUGAGCUGCAGCAGUUUGUGGACUGGAUGCAUUUGGAGCCGCAGUCCAUGGUCUGGUUGCCUGUCCUUCAUAGAGUCGCCGCCGCAGAAACUGCCAAACAUCAGGCCAAAUGCAACAUCUGUAAAGAGUGUCCCAUGGUGGGCUUCAGGUAUCGGAGUCUGAAGCAAUUCAACCACAAUGUGUGUCAGAUGUGUUUUUUCUCGGGAAGGAUUUCCAAGGACCAUCAUCUCAGCUAUCCAAUGGUGGAGUACUGCACCCCUACCACCUCAGGAGAAGAUGUGCGUGACUUCACCAAGGUGCUGAAAAACAAGUUCCGCUCAAAGAAGUACUUCACCAAACACCCUCGGCUCGGCUACCUGCCCGUGCAGACCAUCCUGGAGGAAGAGCAUUCAGAGACCCCUGUUGCAUUUGUAAGCAUGUGUCCAGAAAAAAAAGUCAGAAUUGCCAGAUUUAAACUCAGAAAUCUGAGGAUGUUUUUGGCAACUUCACAUGAGAUUCUUCAAUCAGAUGAGAUCGUGGUGGCCUGGGAUCUGAAGUUUGAGUUCUUUGUGUAA